GCUCGAGGAGUGUGAAACCGCGUGUUAAUGUAACCAGCGCGAGAGGCGCGCGCGGGCGGCAGCAGUGGGUGCGGCAGCAACGGCAACACUGUGUCCCGCGUCUCCGAGAGUUGGGUUGCCUGCAGACCGUCCUGCUGCUGCUACCACCUUAGGAUCCCGCCGGCUGACCUCACCGAACACUCCCUUCUGCCUCCCCCUACCCCUCCGCCCUCUUCGGGGCAUUCUUCCUUGUCCACAUAUCCCCCCCCUCCCCCCCCCUCCGCGGAGCAUCGCCUGCUCGCCGGGAGCAGGGAAGAGGCGGGGAGCGCGCAGGUUCGUGGAUUCUUUCCCUGCCACCCCCCUGCUCUGUGGAUGUUGCACUCGGGGGCUCCGGAGAACUUUACUUCAGGCUGGAGCAGCGAUUGUUAGAAGGCAGAGAAAAGAGGGGAGGAGUAGGACCGAUCUCGGCGGCAGGAGGAGAAGGAGGCACGGGCUAGUGUGAGUGUGGUUGUGGGUGAGAGAUGCUGCUAUCGCAUGGGUGUGUGUGAGCUUUACUCCCCGAUGUGCUUCGGGCCGGAGGAGGAGGCGGCGGCGGGGCUGCUGCGCUCGGGCGGACUGCUUCCCUUCGAGUAACACCCCGGGAAUUGCUCGGGUCGGGUUGCCGCUGCUACUACUGCUGCGGAUUUUGUGCAACUGCACAGAAGAUUUUGCUCUCCUCCCCUCCUUUUCUUUUCCCCCACCUCCCUCCUCCCCCUCCAACCCCGAGACUGCUUAGUGCAUGUCUUGGCUUGGACCACUCCUCCCCGCGCGCGCUCUCUCCCUGCUCCCUCUGCACUUUUUCCUGCCUCAUUAGUCCUCUCCCCCGGCUCCGGUCGGUGGCGAUAACUGGGCUCCGAGCCUUGGCCCCCGGCUCCGUCUCUCUCUUCUUCCCUCCCGGGGGGUGCUCGAGCCGGCCCGUGUGAGUGUGUGAAAGACAACAGGGGAGGGUAAUUCCCUCCCCCUCCGCGUCCCCGUCCCCCCCCCCACCCCCCCAGUCCUCGCCUGGCGGUAUUGGCUGCAAUUUCUUCCUACUCUUCUUCCUGGAUUUUGCCUCCGCCGGGAGAAGCCGUCGCCUCUUUGCCUGGGGAUAUUUUUGCUUUAUUUUUCUUCGUUGGUUUGGUUUGGCCGGGGGUGCUCCUUGCCACCUGCAAGUUUCAAGCCGCCGGGAUAGAAGGAAAGCAAAAGCAAGACAGUCCGAAGGACAGCCGGUUGAAGGAUUAAUUUUCUUGGGACCCAAGCGGCGCGCAGAUCGGGGUGGGAGGGGAGAAAGGGGGAGGAGGGGGAGAGUGAGGAACCUUCCCUCCUUUGCAUCACUCGCUGCAUCGGGGGCUCGGAGCCUCCGUGUGUGAGUGUGUGCGAGAGCGCGCGAGUGUGUGUGUGUGUGUGUGCGCGCGCGCGCGAGCGAGCCCGUGCACACACCUACAUCAGCUCCCGGACCGAGUGACUCUCGUGCACUUUGGGUGUUGUGUGCCCCCUGUAAACUCCCCAUCUCCCAGAGGACGGACGGACGGACGGACGGACAGGCGGCGGCCCCGGCGCGCGAGGACCAGGGAAGCGAUGUGGCAGUGAGUCUGGAGGCAAAGACCCGGGAGGCGAAGCAGCAACAGCGGCAGCCACCCGCCGUCGCGGGGAGAGGGCGAGGGGCCAGAUCCCUGGCCAGUCCGGGAGUGAGUGUGUGAGUGUGUGUCCCCGGCCGCCCCUCGUCCGCCUGGCGGGAUCUCCCAUCUUCCUCGCCUUGCUCGACUCGUCCCCGGCGGGAUUAAAGUUGGAGAUUGAGCUGUCCAGGAGCAAAACCGCGGCGGCCGUCCGAACGAUGUUCCCGCAAAGCCGGCACCCGACGCCGCAUCAGGCUGCGGGUCAGCCCUUUAAAUUCACCAUCCCGGAGUCCCUGGACCGGAUCAAGGAGGAGUUUCAGUUCCUGCAGGCGCAGUAUCACAGCCUUAAAUUGGAAUGUGAGAAACUGGCAAGUGAAAAGACAGAAAUGCAAAGGCACUAUGUGAUGUAUUACGAAAUGUCCUAUGGAUUAAACAUUGAAAUGCAUAAACAGACUGAAAUCGCCAAGAGGUUGAAUACAAUUUGUGCACAAGUCAUCCCGUUUCUGUCUCAGGAACACCAGCAACAAGUGGCCCAAGCUGUUGAGCGUGCCAAGCAAGUGACCAUGGCUGAGCUGAAUGCCAUCAUCGGGGUACGUGGCCUUCCAGGUCUACCUCCUACACAGCAGCAAUUGCAGGCCCAGCACCUCUCCCAUGGCCAUGGACCUCCAGUGCCUCUUACACCCCAUCCUUCAGGACUCCAGCCCCCCGGAAUCCCACCCCUUGGAAGCAGCGCCGGCCUCCUUGCACUCUCCAGUGCUUUGAGCGGGCAGCCUCACCUGGCAAUCAAAGAUGACAAGAAACACCACGACACAGAACACCACAGAGACAGAGAACCAGGCACAGGCAAACUUCGGGGACCCGUGCAGACCCGGAGUGUGAGGAGUAAUUCUUUACUGGUCCCGGACAGCCUGCGAGGAACAGAUAAACGCCGGAACGGCCCUGAAUAUUCCAAUGAUAUCAAGAAGAGAAAGGUGGAGGACAAGGAUGCCAGCCACUAUGACAGUGAUGGUGAUAAAAGUGAUGACAACUUGGUUGUGGACGUAUCCAAUGAGGAUCCCUCGUCCCCACGGGCAAGCCCAACUCACUCCCCCCGGGAGAAUGGCAUCGACAAAAGCCGCCUGCUGAAGAAAGAUGCUUCAAGUAGCCCAGCCUCCACGGCCUCCUCAGCCAGUUCCACCUCUUUGAAAUCCAAAGAAAUGAGUUUGCAUGAAAAAGCCAGCACGCCCGUUCUGAAAUCCAGCACACCAACUCCUCGGAAUGAUGUGCCAACUCCGGGCACCAGUGCCACUCCAGGACUCCGUCCAAACCUUGGCAAACCUCCAUCAAUGGACCCCCUCGUGAACCAAGCUGCUGCUGGUUUGAGGACGCCCCUGGCAGUGCCUGGCCCCUACCCGACUCCAUUUGGAAUGGUCCCUCACGCCGGCAUGAAUGGAGAGUUGACCAGUCCCGGGGCAGCGUACGCGAGCUUACACAACAUGUCUCCCCAGAUGAGCGCUGCCGCAGCUGCAGCCGCCGUGGUCGCCUAUGGCCGCUCCCCGAUGGUUGGGUUUGAUCCUCCCCCUCACAUGAGAGUACCCACAAUCCCUCCAAACCUGGCAGGAAUCCCCGGGGGAAAGCCCGCAUACUCCUUCCACGUCACUGCCGACGGUCAGAUGCAGCCUGUCCCUUUCCCCCCCGACGCUCUCAUCGGCCCCGGGAUCCCCCGUCACGCCCGUCAGAUCAACACCCUCAAUCACGGGGAAGUGGUGUGUGCGGUCACCAUCAGCAACCCCACCCGGCACGUGUACACCGGGGGGAAGGGAUGCGUCAAAGUCUGGGACAUCAGCCAACCCGGCAAUAAGAGCCCCGUCUCUCAGCUGGACUGUCUGAACAGAGAUAACUACAUCCGUUCCUGUAAAUUGCUGCCUGAUGGCUGCACCCUCAUAGUCGGAGGGGAAGCCAGCACGCUAUCCAUUUGGGACCUGGCGGCCCCCACUCCGCGGAUCAAAGCGGAGCUGACGUCCUCGGCCCCCGCCUGCUACGCCCUGGCCAUCAGCCCCGAUUCCAAGGUCUGCUUCUCCUGCUGCAGCGACGGCAACAUUGCCGUGUGGGACCUGCACAACCAGACGUUGGUCAGGCAGUUCCAGGGCCACACAGACGGAGCCAGCUGUAUUGACAUUUCUAACGAUGGCACCAAGCUCUGGACGGGGGGUUUGGAUAACACGGUGCGAUCCUGGGACCUGCGAGAAGGGCGGCAGCUCCAGCAGCAUGACUUCACCUCACAGAUCUUCUCCCUUGGAUACUGUCCCACUGGUGAAUGGCUAGCAGUGGGGAUGGAAAGCAGCAAUGUGGAAGUUCUCCAUGUAAAUAAACCUGACAAGUACCAGUUGCAUCUUCACGAGAGCUGCGUGUUGUCACUAAAGUUUGCUUAUUGUGGUAAAUGGUUUGUGAGUACAGGAAAAGACAACCUCCUUAAUGCUUGGAGGACUCCCUAUGGAGCCAGCAUAUUUCAGUCCAAAGAGUCCUCAUCAGUGCUUAGCUGUGACAUCUCGGUGGAUGACAAAUACAUUGUCACUGGCUCCGGGGACAAGAAGGCUACAGUCUACGAAGUAAUCUACUGAAGAAAAAAAGAAAAAAAAAAGAUGUGGUUUUAACGUUUAGAGUUGAACUGGGCCAAAAUGUUUUAAAUUUGUAGAAGUAGAAAGGUUGUAACUUAAAAAGGAACAAGAAAAAUCUGUUUCCCAAAAACCUUAACCCCGCAAUUCCUCCAACUUCAAGAAGAAAGCAACAUCCGUGGCACCUUAAGAUCAGCCGAAGCCCGAGGCAAAAGGGACGGAGGUAGCCAACGCCUGUGGAGUAAGAAACCGAGUCCGCUGAAAAUCGUUGGAGCUUUUGAUUUUUCUUUCUAUGUGACCUCCUGCAGAUCGCGCUCAUUGCCUGAAUAUGUGAGAUUACCUUUCUGUUCCUUGCAGUUCAACUUGCAUUCUGUCCUAUGUAGAGCAGUGGUGUCUCCGAUGAACUCGUUCCCUGGUUUUGCAUCUUGUGAUAUGUUUUUUGUAUUUUUGUUGAAGGUCAGACAUUUGUAUAAAUUGUAAAUAUAUUUGGUUUAUUACAGUAAAGGCUUUAGUACCAACAAGCAGUCUUUUCCGGUCCUUAUUAAGUCUUUGUCAAAGCCUUUGGGGCUACUGAUAUGUCUUCAAAGCCGGCUCGAAGCUACAUAGUUUGAAAAGUGAAUGGUUCUGCCUCCCUCAAUGAAAAACAUUUGUUCAGGAACUCUUUGUUUCAUGUAUACCAAGCUGGACGUACUUCUGAAUCGCAGAAACCUUGGAAUCCGAACAGUUUGCCUUAAAAUGAAAUGCUUGAUCGGUAGUGAAAAUGGCAGUUUUCAAUGGGAAGCUGAACUCACAUCAUGCAAACGCAUUGCCUCUCUUCACCGCAUACUCACGAUUAGACUUCACAGGCUGGAACAGUGGCUCGCUCCAGGGCUUUCCGCGGAGAACCCGAAAACCCUGUGUGACUCUCGUUUUACGUGGCUUCUUUUGAUCUGACUUUGCAGUUGUUUGGGGGUGGGAGGGGCAGUGGUGGGGUUUGUUUUUUUUUGGCCACCCGGCAUUCAGAAAGCACAGGAUAUGGUUUGCAGUAGAGGAUGAUUUUUCUCGAUGGGAUUAUAAACGUGUAUGAGCUGUGUUGGGAAUGGGUAGCGGAGGUGUUCAAGUUGGCAGCCUCGUGGUUACGUUUCGCCCCCUCCCAAUUCCUGCCCUUUUUGGUCUUUUCAACACCCCCUUGGAACAGAACUACAUAUUCGGAGCAGUAUUUCUGUAAUGUUUUCAGGGCCAGAAAGGAAUAAAUGAACACCAAAAAAAAAAAA